AUGAUUUCAAAACCGUGGGUUGAGAAAGCGAAAAGCGCUCGUGACUAUCGAGACGAGACUCUAAGCAAAGUUGAUCCUCCGCUUGAGCCUCUCCCAGAUCCCCUCCCGCUUUCUUCUCAAGAACUUCCAAAGAAGUAUUUGACGGCGCGAGAGUAUGAACUUACUGAGAACUAUGACGCCAUUGAACUCCUCGAGAUGCUGCGCAGCAGGAAGCUCACAUCGGAGGAACUCACCCGGGCAUUCUUGAGGAGAGCUGCCCUGGCUCAGUACGCGGUAAAUUGUGUGACUGAGUUGAUGUGGGACGAGGCAAUCGAGAGGGCCAAAUAUCUCGACUCUCUCCCCGAGCCCGUCGGGCCCCUUCAUGGACUCCCCAUCUCAGUUAAAGAACAUCAUGGGAUGAAUGGCAAAACCAACCACGCAUCCUACGUGGCGUGGAUUGGCCUGCCUUGCGAUCAAAACCCACUGAACGAUUACCUGUACAAUGCCGGUUGCGUCUUUUACGUCCGUACCACUGGGCCUCAGACAUUGAUGGCUCUUGAAUGCGACAACAACAUCUAUGGAAGAACCGUCAAUCCGUGGAAUCGAAAUUUGACGCCAGGCGGCAGUAGCGGCGGAGAAGGUGCCCUCGUAGGAUUUCGAGGCAGCGUUUGGGGACUAGGUGGUGAUAUUGGCGGCAGCGUAAGGGCUCCAGCAAGCAAUUGCGGCGUCUAUGGUUUCAAGCCCACUUCGAAACGCAUCCCCUUGAAAGGUAUGAAGCACACAAUGGACGGGAAAGACUCCAUCCUCGCAACUUUUGGUCCACUUACCCAGAGCCGGGAGACUAUCAAUUUGUUCAUGAAAGUCAUCUUGGACAACGAGCCGUGGCGAUAUGAUCCCUCUCUCACGGUAAAGAAAUGGACCCCUGAACAACUCACUCAACCUCUCAAGGUCGCGAUUGAAUGGUCAGACGGGGUAGUCAAGCCUCAUCCUCCCAUGACCCGGGCCUUGAAGAUGGUUGCCGAUGCAUGUAAAGCUGCAGGGAUGGAAGUUGUCGACUGGGAGCCAUACAAACACGACAAGGCCUGGGAUAUCGUGUCGGGGCUGUAUUUCCCAGACGGCGGCGAAAUGAUUCUGGCGCCGCUGAAAGAGAUUGACGAGCCCAUUCUCCCCCUGACCAAGUUCAUCACUGAAGAGCAGCCCAAUGUUAAGAAUCGCACAAUGCACGAAUACUGGGAGUUGUGCAUGGAAAGAGACAAAUACCGCGAGGAAUAUGCCGCUCACUGGAGCAAAACUGCCGACUCGGGUAAGGAAGUCGACGUUAUCAUCUGUCCUGCAGCGCCUGGCGCAGCGCCCUUACAUGAAACGGCGAGAUAUUGGCCGUACACCAGUCAGUGGAAUCUGCUGGACUACCCGGCGGCUGUGUUUCCUGUGACGUUUGUGGACGUUGAGAAGGAUAAGAAGGAGGAAGGAUAUGUCCCGAUGAACGAGCAAGACAAGUAUAACUACGACUUGUAUGAGCCGGAGAAGUGGGUUGGUGCACCCGUAAGUUGUUGCAUUGUCGGGAGAAGGAAUAUGGACGAGAAGGUCAUGGCAGCGCUUGAGGCGGUAGAGAAGGCCAUGGGAAGGAAAUAG